GCCGGCGGCUGAGGUGAGGAGGCGCCACGCACGGCCCCUUCCUUUCCUGCGGGCGGCGGCACCAUGAAGGCGUCGGGCACCCUGCGGGAGUACAAGGUGGUCGGGCGGUGCCUGCCGACGCCGAAAUGCGCCACUCCUCCGCUGUACCGCAUGCGGAUCUUCGCCCCGAACCACGUGGUUGCCAAGUCGCGGUUCUGGUACUUCGUGUCCCAGCUGAAGAAGAUGAAGAAGUCUUCGGGAGAGAUCGUGUACUGCGGCCAGGUGUAUGAGAAGUCCCCUCUGCGAGUAAAAAACUUUGGCAUUUGGUUGCGCUAUGACUCUCGUAGUGGAACUCACAACAUGUACAGGGAGUACAGGGAUCUGACCACUGCGGGUGCUGUCACUCAGUGCUACCGUGAUAUGGGAGCCCGUCAUCGUGCCCGUGCUCACUCUAUUCAGAUCAUGAAGGUGGAGGAAAUCGCUGCGAGCAAGUGCCGUAGGCCAGCAGUCAAGCAGUUCCAUGAUUCGAAAAUCAAGUUCCCUCUGCCGCACAGAGUUCUGCGUCAGCAGCACAAACCCCGUUUCACCACCAAGAGACCAAACACAUUUUUCUAAAUGCAAAAACAUGCUGUUGGCUCCGUGUUGCAAUAAAGAUGGAUUUGAACCUUU